AAACCGGGGAACCUGCACGGAGUGAGGAGAGCGAGCCUCCGCCCCGGACCUGUAACACCGCUCAGCCUCAGCGCGUGAACCGAUGGGACAGUGUUUUGCACCUUAAAAUUUAAAGGUUUAAGGUACUGAAGUAAUUUGCUUCAGUAUUAUUCUGAGAAAACGGCGCUGAAAGUGUCAUUUUCACUUUAAUGGGAGUGAGCGUGGACUGUUUGGAGUCACUGAACAAGAGGUCAUGAGAAGAGGAACGUUUCACUUGGAUUAUUCAGAAGAGAUUCGAAACAACUGGGCUAAAGUUAAGACUUUUUGACAUUUUCAUAGCUUUUCUGUCAAAUUAAAGUCAAAGUUGUCCUCUCUCGCCCCCUCAAAACUCCUUCUGUAACUAUGGCACCAACCGGGUCCACCACUGGCUUCUCUCUGCUGUGGAUAAUGUGGCUGGUGAGCUUCUCGCACACAUCCAUCUCAAAUCAUGGGGUCUGUCAAUCCAUCUCCAUCCCCCUCUGCACAGACAUCCUCUACAAUGAGACCAUCAUGCCGAACUUCCUGGGCCACACAAACCAGGAGGACGCGGGGCUCGAUUUGCAACAGUUCUACCCGCUUCUUAAGACCCAGUGCUCUGCAGAUCUGAAGUUCUUCCUCUGCUCUGUGUAUGUGCCAGUCUGCACUGUGCUGGAGACAGUCAUACCCCCUUGUCGGUCCUUAUGUAAACGGGCAUGGCAGGGAUGCAAAGCAGAGAUAGCUAAAUUAGGCUUCCAGUGGCCAGAGAGGCUCCGCUGUGACACUUUACCCUCAUACGGAACUGGUGAAAUCUGCGUCGGCCACAGGAUAUCUGAAUACAGGACCCUGGACUCCACCUCAUCCCCUGAUACAGUCGACCCAGUGAUGCCAAAUGACCUUUCCAAUGUGCAGAAAGCGCCAAAGUUGGUGACGACAGCUCCACCCGACAACAGUGAGAGCAGAACAUCCAUCUCAAAUCAUGGGGUCUGUCAAUCCAUCUCCAUCCCCCUCUGCACAGACAUCACCUACAAUGAGACCAUCAUGCCGAACCUCCUGGGCCACACAAACCAGGAGGACGCGGGGCUCGAUUUGCAACAGUUCUACCCGCUUCUUAAGACCCAGUGCUCUGCAGAUCUGAAGUUCUUCCUCUGCACUGUGUAUGUGCCAGUCUGCACUGUGCUGGAGACAGUCAUACCCCCUUGUCGGUCCAUAUGUAAAUGGUCAUGGCAGGGAUGCAAAGCAGAGAUAGCUAAAUUAGGCUUCCAGUGGCCAGAGAGGCUCCGCUGUGAUGCUUUCCCCUCCCGCAGAGCUGGUAAUAUCUGUGUCCACCAGUGAUGACCCAGCAGGAAAAUGGAGGAAAAAUUCAAAUUCAACAAUAGACUAAGUCUUUCCCACAGAGAAUUCUUACCCUGUAUGCAUGCAUGUUUGCCUCUCAAUGGCGUGAUCAUAACAACUGGACCCUCUGUGAAGAACAUAAUGAAGCAACAGAAUACUUGAAAAAUGCCUUUUGUUAACUCCCUGAAGAAAAUGUCAUUCUUUGUUUGAUUUUGAAAAAUGUGAAUUACAUUUUUCAUUAUUCUGGAAAGAUUAUUUUAUCCCUGGAAUAAAAAAAAAAACAGUACAUCUCAUUUAUUGUUAGCAGUUUCUAAGUUUUCUGUCAUUCUUAUUUUGCCAAUGUAGAUUGUAAUCUUAAUAAAAACAGCCUAUAAAGGAAAAAAAAAAAAUUCUCAAUGACAACUUGGAGGGAUCCGCUCUUCUAAGGAUCCUAGAUUGAGAAACAUUAAGUCUUAUGUCUCAACAUGUCAAAAUGUAUGCUGUGAAAAAAAGCCAUAUAAUAAAGUUCUCUUAUUGUA